AUGGAUUGUUUUAAUUUAGUACUUUUAGAGAAACUUUUUUACAAAUACACAAAAAAUGGUUGCAUAGAUGAUCUUAAUUAAUGGCAUGGAUUUUUAGAAUUUUUAUAUGUAAACUAAUUGUUCGAUCCUAACGAUAUGCUUAAGAUUAAAGAUAGUGUGAUUUAUUUUCCAUUAGUGUUUGAAAAUCUUAAGAAAAUAUUAGCUAAUGCAAAUAUCUUACCUGCACUUUAAGAAAUGUCUAGAGAAUUGGAUAAAUUAUAUAAUUAAGUGAAUGAUUGUAGAACAACUUUAAAAAACUGGAAUUAUUAAACAUUUUCAGUUGAAGAUAUGAAAUAUACAACUAAAACUUAUGAAGAAAUUGAGAGAGAAUUUUAAGAUUUUAAAAAUGAAUUCGAUGAUUUUGCAGCAGAUGUUAUUAUUGUAAAUUAGCCAAUACAAUCUUUGAAAAGUGUUGUGAAAUCCUUUCCAAUAAUUGAAUCUGUAUUGUAUGACUGUUAUCUAAGAAUCCUUUAGAGUACUUAAGUGUUAAUCGAGAUAAGAUAGACAGAGAAUAUGCUAAAAUAAGAGUUAAAUCUGUUUAAUACCGUAAUUAGGCAAUUAAAAUAUUGAAAUAAGGAUAAAUAAAAGUAUAGGUUGGUUAUGAUCAUAUGAAUGAUUCUCCUGUUGAAGUUUGGCUUAUUCCAAAGUAUUUUUUAUUUUAAUCUAGAUGUAUGUGGAGAUAAUAAGAAUAAUGUGAAUUAUUGAAUACAUUUGAAGCCCAUCAUGAAUUGAUUUUAUCUUAAUUCUUUCCUAAAUAUUUAGGAUAAGAUUUAUUAUCAGAUGAUCAUAACUUUUAGCAUUUUAUGGAAUUAAAAAGGGGGCAUACUUUAAAAUACUUAUUAAAAUAAUCUAAAAAACAACUAACUCCUGAUUUCUUGUUUUUUAGAACUACUAUGAGAUAAGUUUUUGGAGGUCUUUAUGAUAUUUUAAGAAUGACAAGAUUUUAUCCUGUUUUACCUAUUACUUUAUCUAAUAUCUAAGUUGGAAAUGAUGGAGUUUAAAUUUAUUUAAGGAAUGUUAGAUUUUCAGAAUUAAGAGAAGAUGAUUAAAAUUUAGAAGCAACAUUAUUAGAGAACUUUGCCUAAAUUAUUAUGUCUACUUUAGGAAGUAAAUUUAUUCAUUUAUAAUAUAUAGUGAAAAGGGCAGAUGUUGGUAAGUUAGGAAAAUAUUUGGAUUGGAAAAAUCUACUAUAAGGACUGUUUAAUGCUGAAGAAGAUCAUUAACUAUAUAAAAGUAAUUAAUUAUAUUAUCUAAUUAUUAUAGAAGGAGUUAUAUAAUAAAGAUUAACUUUUUGUUAAUUACUCAAUCAUGACUUAUUUGAUGAUGAUUUAUUAAGUAAUUUUGAAGUAAGUGAAGUUGUUCAAAGUUAUCACGAUUGGAUUUCUUGA